CAUAAUUAGUAUUUGUAUAAAGUACUGCAUUGAGGCGUGCUUUAUCUUAACGUGAUAUGAUUCUUGUCACUGCCUUCUGCUGCUGCCCAGCACGUCGUCUCGGGACAAACAAAAAGUGGUUCGGACGAGGCUCUAUCUGUUUCUGAUUGUUUGUCCACCCGCCUCUGCUGUAGUUUUCAGCCGCAAUACGAAACUUUAGGCUAGAGAUAACUGUGAUCCAAGCUGAGCUGCCGUUAUCAGUAUCCCGCAGGCGUCAUGUCAUGCGGCGGAACAGCAAAAUCUAACUGGAAUGUUUAACGAAUGAUCUAUCCAUUGAAUUGCUUGUAUCAUGUUUACUGAAAUCUUCUACUGAUAAAGUGGAUAGAGUACUUUCCAAGUGGUAGUGCUUUUUGGAUAAAUAUUUUGCUCCUCAGAUUGAUCGACUAUUUCAUAAGCAUAGCACUGAAAAACCACAUCAUAUAAUUGUGUAUCACCUUUGUAAUGCAGGAGAACAGCAAGGAAUUACUGAUAUUUGACUGGGUUUCGCCAUUUUGUGUAACAAUCCCUAAUCGGGGCUGGUCAAGAUAACAGGCCGCCCCAACUAUUAAGAUAAGGCUCUCAAGUACAAUCCACUUACUCACUCACCAGAACACACACUCGCACACACACAGAGCAAUCGCUGUCGCAGCGGCCGCGUUUGGUCAGAAGCAGCAGCGCUGCGAGGAGGCUACUCUCUCACGCCUGGUCAUGUGCGGCAUUCAUUCCGUUGCUCCAAUCCGUUGCGUUCGCUCGCUCGUUCCGUUCCGUUCGUUCGUUCGUUCAUCUCUGCUUCCACCGUGUGUCCGUUUUGCCGCGCUGCCUGGCCAUAGUUUUGGGCCCUUUUAGUAGUGUAACUGUUUUGAAUAUAAGUUAAGAUUAAAGUACAAAAAAAAAACACAACACCCACAUCUACAAAUGAAUUAAUUAAUUAAAAAAGAAAAUAAGAAGUAAUUUCACAAAAAAUUAUAAUCAAUGCAAUUGACAAAGAAAUAACGAAUAAUAAAAUCCACAACAACAACACCCACACCGAAAACUACAACAGCAGUAGCAGCAGCAAUUACAACAACAACUUUAACAAACACCAAGAAAAUUCAACAACAAACAACAACCAAAACGGAUCAAUACCAAAGAUGGAGGCAAAAUUCUUGGCUAGCGCUCUUUCAUUCCUCUCGAUAUUUUUAGCGAUUUAUGCUCAAUCACUUGCCAAUGACCUUCUGGUGGAUAACAGCGAUGAGGGUGGAGCCUCUGCCAGCUCCACAGAGUUGUUUGAGGUGACGCCAGCCAUCUACUACGGCGACUCGAAUGUAAAUCUGGGCGAACCCUUCUCGAUAACCUGCAUCAUACCGAUCACGGAGAAGAUACAUUGGCUCAAGAAUGGGGAGCCCAUAACGCGUCACAAUCUGCGGCAUGGACGGGACGAGCAUGCCUACACUUUGGCGGAGAGCGCCAUCGAAGGUGAGAAGCACAAGAUCGAGGCGCAUCUGAGUGUGCGGCAUGCACUGAAAGUGCACGAGGGACGAUACCAGUGCAACCAUCGACAUGGCAGCUACCACAUGCUGCACGUACGGGGUGCAGUAUCGCCAGGGGGCGGCGAGGCCACAGAGUCUGGCUAUCAGACCAUUGACGAACUCACGCCCAAUUCGGCGGAUGACAUCUUUACGAGAACGUGGCUGGAGCAGCAGCAAACGGGAGUGGCGGUGACGCCCACGCAUCAUCAGCAGCAGCCAGAGCAGCAUCAGCAUCCGUACCAGCACAAGCAGCACAAGACGCAUCCGUUCUAUGGGAAUGCCAGCAGCAGCUCACGGGGGGAGCUGCCUGGAGGGCUGUAUGCCCCAGUUCCGCCACCCACCAGUCGGUACAACGAUCUGACCACACUGCCCUGGCAUCCAUCCUCGACGGCGACGGGUGUCCAUGGCCUGGGGGGUGGUGGUGGCAUUCAUCGUGUUUACUCGGCCACGCCGCCCGAUUUCCCGCCACCACGCUUCAACAUGAUGGAGCACACUGUGGCACCGCCAGAGCCACCCACCAUACUGUACAAUCAGACGGUGCCGCAUCACCGCCAGCGUCCGCCGAUUCCAGCUAUUGUCACUGCCACGGCCACUGAUUCGAGUGCCGGCUCCCCCUCAUCUACGCUCCUGUCCACGGCGCACCAUCACUCGCACCACCAGCAGCAGCUGCAGCAGCAGGCGCAGCAUACGUUGAAUGCCUUCCAGUUGCCACUGCCACCGCCGGUGCCGUAUCCAGCACAGAGUCCAGCAGCUCCAGCUCAAAAUGAGAGAUAUCAGACAUAUGCGCCGCACUUUGUGCCACCAGCUGUGGGGGGUGGUGCAGCACCAGCACCAGCAGCAACAACAACAACAAUCGCAUCGAUGGGUGGUCAAAUGAGGCAGCAGCCCAAGAUGGUCUUGCCUGUUAAAUUGGAUACGUUGGUGCCAAAUUAUGACAAUGUCGAGCAUCAAAUGAAAUUUUAUGAUAUUAGAGGGCCACUGGUGCUCAGCUGCAAUGUGAAGUCCGAAUCAACGGACCCGCUUAUAUGGAAAAAGAACCACACCGACGUGAUGAACGUGGAUGUGCUGAAGGGUCGCUUUAAGUUAAUCAAUGCCGAGAGGAAGUUCAUCAUCGAUAGAGCGGAAGCGCACGACGAUGGCCUCUACAGUUGUGAGUUCAAUGGGGAGUCCAGGGAUAUCAAUGUGGUUGCUCGCGUUGUUGUACGAGUGCCUUCAAAUACAGCCGUUGUGGAGGGUGAAAAAAUGUCAGUUACCUGCACUGUCUUGGGUACUGAACCACAAUUGUCAUGGACUUUUGGCAAUGUAACGCUAAAAAACAAUACAGAUCGCUUUGUACUGAAAACGGAGAACAAUAUUCAGAGCGCCAUUCUGACACUGGACAAUGUUACUCUGGACGAUAGAGGCGAGUACAAAUGCAUUGGACGCAAUGCGGCCAAUGAUUUUGGAAACAGCACUGCUGCCAGCGACUUUACAACUGUGCGUGUUAAGGGCAAAUUUGCCGCCUUGUGGCCUUUCCUGGGCAUCUGCGCUGAGGUGCUUAUUCUCUGCUUGAUCAUUCUCAUCUACGAGAAGCGACGCAACAAGAGCGAACUGGAGGAGAGUGAUACUGAUCCCCAAGAACAGAAAAAGAAAAGGAGAAAUUAUGAUUAAAUUUCCUAAACAGAACAGCAUACAAAAUAAUACCAAACAAACAAAAAGAAAGAGUUAAAAAAUUAUUUAAAUAUUGAGCAUAAACCAAUAACAGAGAAGAAAAACCAUGCAUUGCAUAAAAUUACAAUACAUAAAACUAGCAAAAAUGAGAUAACAAAUUGAUGGUUCAAGAACAUGCAUACAUACAUAACAUUAUGGAUAACAGUCGGUCACAAGAGCCUAUACCCCCAACCCAACCCAUCUUUCAUCUGUCUGCUAUCCCCUGUCCCCCGUCCUGUACAAUUCCCAGAAACUGCAAACAACUUUUGUUUAGUGAAAUUGUAUUUUAUUAAAAUAUGAAAAAACCAAACAAUUAAUGUUAAACAAAACUAAAAAGGAAACUAAAAUUAAUAUUAAAAACGGAAGUGAUAGCAGUUAAACGAACACUAAAUGGAAAUAUUACUAAAAAAAAAAAUAAUAAUAUCGGAACUGUAGAAACUAACCUAAAAGAAGACACAGAUCCCCACACUCCACUCCCCUCACUCCACACGACUCCUGUACCCACUAUUACUCUCUAUCUCCCCUGUCCUGCAAGAGAACAAAGAAAAUAAUAUUGUACAUAAUCUUAAAAGUUGAAUGAAAAAUGGCAGAAAAAAGGAAAGAAAAAUAAGGGAAUUCUUCUGUAUCUGUACUGUACGCGAACGCGAACCUACCAACGGCUCUCUCUCUCUCUCUCUCUGUCUCUAUCUCUCUCUCUCUCUCUCAGUAUCCCAGCAAGGAUCUUUUCUAUUACUAUGAUUUCUUAGGUAGCUAUAUUUUGAGGUUAGGUUUUAGAUGGGCCACGUGGCGAUCGAUGCAGUAACAAUAACAGCUAAAAGAUGGAAUAAUGGCGGAGAAUGGCAAGAGGAAGAUCAGCCGCAUCAGCAGCAGCAAAAGUAAAAGGAAGAAAAAGGAACAAUGUUAAAUGAGAAGACGAUGUUAAAAACAACUUUGUUUAUUAAACUUAGUUAAUCUACAUAUAUAAAUAAUGAAAAAAAAUGAUAAGGAGGAUAAACUUUUUAAACAAUUAAGUAGCGCGUUAUGGGUAUAUUUUUAAUGGAUUAAUACCGGAAGUAGUCGACGGAUGAAGAAGCGAGAACAUUGUAUAUUGCAUAAUUUUAGACGAAGAAAACAAAACAAAAACAAAAAACAAAUAUAAAAUACAUAAAGAAAGAUGAUGAGAAAUCUGAUGCGUACUGCCAAAACUUGUAAAGUUCAGUACUAUUUGCUUAGCCUCAUUUUUGGUAAACACUAAAAAACUAGCAAAAAACCAAAAUCAAAACUCUGUUAAUUCAUUUCUGUUGUUGUUUAUUUGGGUUGUUUAAAUAUAAUGUAAAGCAUUGUGUGUAAAAAAAAAAAUGUGUGAAAACAACUAUUACCUAAAGCGGUCUUCAAUUCACAUCUUAAACUCGUAAUCAUAAAUAACAUACAUACAUACAUAUACACAUAAUAUAAAGAUAUAAACUCUAAUAUUUUUUUGUUUAUGUUUCUGUAUGUCCUUAAAUCGUGUACGUUAUUAUUUUCCUUUGAGAUCAUUUUUCGCCGCCACCAAAGCUUUAAAUAUUUACAUAGUAAACUGUGUUCUCAGUAAAAACCACAAAAUUAUAAGAAAAAUGGGAAAUGAAUAAAAUGAAAAAAUUAUGUUAAAUGACACAAAGACGUGAGUACGGUACGAGAUUUGUAUAGUAAACUAAAUAAAAUAAUAAUAAACCAAAAGAAAACCCAGGAAAAAGUUCUUGUUAUAUGUACAUAUAUAGUAUAUAUGAUUGCUAUAUACCAACAUAUAAAGCACGUGUGUGUGUGGCAUGUUCGAUUACCUAGAUUAUACUAUAUACAAAUACGAUAAAAUAGCAGAAGAAGAAAAGAAAGGAAAUGGCGUGGGUCAUCUAGUGGGGUCAAUAAAUAGCCUAGAAUGAGGAGACUUUUUGGAAAACCGUCGAUAGAAAAUUCUCGUGCAUAAGUUUUUUAUUCAUGUACAAUUGUUGUACAGUUUUUGUGGCUUAUUUGUGUAUAACAAAACUAUUAGUGACAAAAGAACAACUACUACUUACUACUAACUACCAUAAUAUACAUAUUGAUCUAUAUUUGUGUAUGUAUGUACAUUAAAAACGGGAGCACUUAUGAUCCUACUAACCUGCUAUCCUAUCAAUAUAUGUAUAUGUCUGUACAUGCCCGUAUUUUAAUUUCAAUUGGAUUUUCUACUGUAUCUUAUUUUGACACACACAUACCAUAUAAAUCUAUAUCCCUGAACAGAACAGAACAGAACCUCUUUGAACUGAAUAAGUAAACCCAACAAGAACUAGAACAACAACAGCUACGAUACCUAUUUACUGCUAUAUUGUAUGACGUAAUGUGACCCACAACAACAACAAAAACGAACAACCGACAUCAACAACUAAGUAAUACCUACAUACGAUACACGUACUACAAAAAGCAUAAGAAAACCCAACCAAAAUCUAACUUCGAAACACUCGUCAACUAUUGCCUAUAUACAUACUACUAAAUAACAAAGAGCGAAACUAUACAUUACUUAUAUAUACACUUAUAUACAAACAACUACAUACGCAAUAUUGUAUGUCCUUUUUUUGUACAGAAAAACAAACGACAACAACAUACGAGAACAACUAACCAGAACUAAGCCUGACAAACAAAAAACAUAAAUCGUGUAUUCUUAACAAAACCUCUCUCAGAUACUCAAAAUCCUCAUCAUUUCUCUGUGUCUUUUCCUUGAAAAUGAUUUCCUUUUUUUUAACUUUUUAAAGUUACCUACAAAAGAGAAUGAAACCCCCCAAAACUAAAUGCAGAAUUUCUUGGCACACCCUUUUCGACUCUCACGCUAUAAAAUAAAUUAAGCCUCAGAUCAAGUUCUAGUUAAGUUAUAAUAACAAGAACAAAUGCAAGAACCGGAAGACAACCUUAUAUAUUAUAUAUAUAUGACAUAUAUGCAUAAAUAAUAUUAGUAAUUGCAAGUAAUUUUAAUUAGUCGCAUAAGCCAAAUGUUGGACGGGGAAGAAAUUGCAGAAACUGAAACUAAAAAUUAAAAACUAAAAGAAAAACUUAGGCAAGGAAAACACACACAUUUGUUUUCACUCCGAAGGCAAACAAAAAUUAGUUCAAUUGAAAAUAGACAUGCUAAAUCCGAUGAUAUCUAGUGAAACAAAUUUGUACAUUUUAGGUAUUUUAUUUAUGCUUAAUUUGUAAUUGUAUUUUCUUUUACAAAAAAAAUAUUAAUUCUUUUAAUAUUUUCCAUAGAAGAUGCCUUGGGGUUAGAGCGGGAUGAGGGGAUGAGCUUUGAUGCUUUCGUCACAACAAUUGUCUGACUAUGCAUAGAGUGCGUUUCGAAGAAUAAAAAACUGAUAGUAUACAACAACAACAAAAAAUAAAUAUAUAUAUAGCGUAUGAAAAAUCUCAGUUAUCCGACACUUGUUAAGGCAUUAAAACACUACAUAUUUGUAGUUAUGUCGAAGCUUCAACUCACCUAAAAUUUCGAAACGCACUGUAUGUCUGGUCAGAGAAAAGUAAAAAAACAUUUCUCAACGAAUCACACUCGGCAAGUCACACAUUUUGUUGGAUUUCCAAUUAUAGGAUAAGUUUCAGACAGAUGUUAAUGGGGAAUCCCCAGCCAGCCAGGCAGAGGGUUCUCUUCCACCCAAAAACAAAAACCCGGUUCCAACCUUACCUUUAUGUUCCUCAAAGACCCAGACGAAUAGUGUAAAAAAUGAGAAAACAAAAAAACAGUAGGAAAACAAGAAAAAUUGCCUUAGGGUUUCAGUAGAAGUAUAUAUAAAGAAAAAGAAUAAUAAAAGUAUUUAACUUUUAUAUAUCAUUUCCCUAAUCGGCUGCGAGCAAAACGUGUGACUUUGCCUUAAAGGGGGAGGGAAGGGGGAUAGAUAUGACAUCAGCGAAAUAAUCUAGAAACCAGUUAAAACUACGGGUAACAAACAGUGAAAACAUAAACAGCAAAAAAAACAACUGAAAGACAGUAAAAAGUAUUCUAUAAUCCAAAACAAACACACACACACACACACGGGUAGAUAGAAAUAAAUGGAAUCUUUUUGGGGAAAACUAAUAAAGGAAGUAAAUCAAUUAAGUGCCAUUCUCAACGACUCAAUAAUGUCCUCAAAUCAUCCCAAAGAAAAUUCCAUUUACUUCUGACUGCUUCUUUGUGUAAAAAUGUCUUCAACCGAAAAGCAGGACACCAAAAACUUUUUCAAGCUAAUCGAUGAUAUAUCUAUGAUUUUUAGCAAUUUAUAUAUAUAAAUUAUGGUAUAUACAUAUGUAUGCAUAGAUAAUGAGAAUUACGGGAAACUAAAACUAAACUAAACCGAAGAAAACAAACCAAUCACAAACAAGUCAACAGGGCACAGCGCUUCUUAACUAUAUUAUUGAUUUCGAAAUGCCGAAGAACUUUUUCUAAAAACCGAAACCAAAAAAAAACAUACAAACCAAGUGAAAAUUGAAAAAACCAACGCUAAUCUUAACUAUAACUAACUUUUUAAACUAAUAUUGAAAUUGAACCCAACAAAGUGUUCAUUAAACUAAAAGAAACCAAACAAAAAAGAUGGCAUAUACGAGUAUAUAUGUAUUAUGUAUGUACUUAAAGUUAUACAUUUCAUAAAAACACAACAAUUUUGUAUGGCAAUGGCAAAAGCAAAAAUAAAACCCAAAAAAAAAAGCAGAAGAUGGUGAAGAAAAAAAACCCAACAAUUUAGUUAAGUAAUUUAUGAUAAUGUAAAGAGUUUAUUGAAUAAAUUGAGAAAUAAAACCCCGAAAGGGAAAAAAACCAAAAACUUUAAGGAAACUUUCAUCAGAUUUCUAACGAACUUUACGAAUUUCCAUGAAAGUAAGAAAA